AUGAGCAUGGAUCCCUCGUCAUCAAGGUCACAAGCAGAACUACUCAAGAAAGAGAGGGAGCAAUUUCGCGCACAGAUUGCAGCAGAUGACGACGACGCGCUUGCGCCUUAUGAACGAUAUGUCAAUUGGCUCACCGAACAGGCACGCGUUUCUCCGCAGGGACCAUUCGAUCUCGAACUUCUUACUGUGUUGGAAGAAGCAGUACGCCCUCGUAAGGACGACCCUGAUUACAAGAAUGAUGUGCGCUAUGCGAAGCUGUGGCUUGCUUACGCGCGUCAUGUCGAGAAACCAGAUAUUAUCUACGUGUUCUUGCUCAAGAAUGAGAUUGGCGUAAGAAAUGCUCAGCUGUACGAAGACUAUUCUAUGUCUUUAGAGAGUCAGGAUAGGUUUCGAGAAGCCGAGGAAGCAUAUCGUCUUGGUAUUUCACGAAGCAAACGUGGUGCGGACAGGUUGAAAACUCGUUACUGGGAGUUCAAGCAGCGCGUUGAAACAAAGAGCACAUUAAAGGCGACCCGAAAGCCACCAUACGUCCCUCCUGGCGAGGGCUCCUCUUUGGGUGCUAAGCUGUAUCGGAACCCCUUAAGGAAUAUAUCUAGCAAGCGUGCUCGCACUUCCAAUUCCGGGCCAGACGUUGCCGCCGCCGCCGCUCCUGAAAAUCCGACGCCAUCGCCGAACAAAGUUGAAUCAGUAGAAAAUAGGAAGUCGGACCCUUACGCAUACAUGACAGCUGCAAUGAAUGCCCCGACUGCACCUGGAAAGAAGGUGGAGAAGUACCGCUUUGACAUGUCUUUACUGUUUUGCGACGGCCAAGAAUUCUCCAUUCAAGAAGCGCGAGCUGCUUCUCUUGGUCUACUCGGGAAGAAAUGGGGCGCGCCACCUGCAUCGGAGCUAGGUCCUCCUAAACCUGCUUCUACUAAGCAAGCUACCGUCAGUUUGAAAGACGAAGGUGGUAGUCGACCGGCAACUAAAACGAAUCAUCUGCGCGUGAACACAAACAUGACAGCGCAACUAGCUGACGGACCGACAGUGACACUCAACACGAAAGAGGCUCUGAAAGAUGUGUUUGGAAUGUAUAACUCGCCGGAUCGGACGAUGAAAACGACAAACCUUGCUGGGAGCAAGCACGCGCCAGUCACUAAGCUUGAUGCUCAAGCUGCGGCUCAAUCCCGAAAUGCCUUGAAGAAGAUAACGGAGGUGGGAAAUGAGAACGAACAAAGAAAUGCUCCUUUCCGGCCCUUUGUUGAUAACGAGAACAAGAAGGAGAAUGCAGCUCCUGCACCUGCAAAGUUUAAACCGUUCGUGGACGAGAACCUCAAUAACAAGACUCCUCAUGUCACGCCUAAACCGCGCAAGGGUCUUGCCGUCAAGGAAAUUCCUGUACAGACGCCAGUCAAUAAGCUGAGGGAGCAGUCUGAGGAUGAGGAUAGCGUUGACGAGCGCGACACUGAAGAACUGCAACCCCGUAACGCAUUCGGUAGGGUGUUCACGCCUGUCAACCAAACUGAGAAGACCAGACCAGCACUUCAACCAAAGGUACUACAAGAGCGGCCGUCCGUUUUCCGCGACUCUCAGCAGAGUAAUGGACAGACACAUGGUGUGCUUGGUUCAAAAGUAUUUAGUCGUCCAGCAGAAGCUCGGCCACUCUCACAACCUCAAGCCUUUAGUACACCAGGAAAUUCCCAGGAAAAUGGACCAAAUGGGUCUGCUUUCCAACGGAGUACUUCUGCUCCCCAGCGAUUCGCGUUUACGCCUGUUUCUCGUGACCGACAAGUACAGGCAUUUACACCUCGUCGUACUCCAUUGCAACCCGUCGAACCAGAGCCAGAGCCAGAAUCCGAAUACGAGCCCGAACACGAGCCCGAAGCUGAACUAGAACCUGAACCCGAGCUCGAGGAAGAGAUCGUCGAAGAAAUCGAGGACUAUGGCGAAGAUUUCGAGUCUGAUUCUCCCGCAAGUGAGGUUCUACAGGAGGACGAGGAAGUUGGAUACUACGACGAGGAGGAUUACCAGUCGAUGCCCAUGGGUGGAAGGCUUGGCCAUGUCGACGUUAUGACACCUAUCGCUGAACGGACUUUUGAAUGCACUGUAACGUCGCGAACGAUGCUCGGGACGCCUGGUGAUGCGAAUGGCUCAGUCCUAGAUAGAGGUCUUCCGAACCACGGCAAAGACGCUGCCUUAGCUGCCGAGAGGCUGGCCCAAGAGCUCAGAGAAGAAGAGGAGAGAGCAAGGGCAAGAGAGGCAGAUGUUGACAUGGAAGAUGUCGUCAACAUUGAAGACGAUGAAAGCUCCGAAGUCGACGUAGAAACGGAAGAAGACGAACUCGUCGAGCGGACCGGAACCUUGUCGCUUGCAGAUGCGAUAGCUGUCGCAUCGUCAUUCAAGCCGCCGAAUCCUUGCAAUCCAUCCGAUCCACAUAUUCUAAACACAUUAAUCUCACUCAUUCCGCAAGAGCCCGAGUUCCACGAUUUAAGAACAGAAGUAUCAGGUCAAUUCGACAGCUUGCAGAAAUUCGCGUCGAAGCAGGGUCGUCGUGGAAGCAGUCGGUCGUCGUCAUCUCGAACGUCCGAUAGCGCGGAUUUUUUCCGAAUACAGCUACCCGAUCGAGCAUUCAAAGUCUUGGAUAAGCUCGGUGAAGGUGGCUUUGGUGCAGUGUUCAGGGCGAAAGUUAUCCGAAGCAUUGAAGACGAAGACGGUGAUGAUAUGGAUUCCGAUGACGAGGACUCCGAUGACGAGGAUGUUAGCCGCUUUGCCUUGAAAGUUGUCAAGCCACGAAACAUAUGGGAAUACCACAUCCUUCGUCGCAUACACAGUGUUCUACCGGCUCAUUGCAGGCAAUCCGUCAUCACUCCACACGCUUUAUUUGCCUACCAGGACGAAAGUUUCCUCAUCCUGGAUCUAUGUACCCAAGGAACUCUCUUAGACGUAGUGAACCGCGCAGGUGAGGCAGGCAUCUUACACCAAGGUGCAUGUCUCGACGAACUACUCGUCAUGUUCUUCACGAUCGAAUUAAUCAAGUUCGUCGAGAGCAUGCACAGUAUCGGAUUCAUUCACGGGGAUCUCAAGAUCGAUAAUUGUCUUCUGCGUCUCGAAGACGUACCUGGUGGCACGAACGCGUGGUCGGGGAUGUACCAGUCGACAGGAGAGGGUGGUUGGAAGUAUAAGGGUAUAAAGAUGAUUGACUUUGGACGUACGAUCGAUACGAGGAUGUAUCCAGCCGGACAACAGUUUAUAGCGGAUUGGGAGACAGACGUACGCGAUUGUCCCGCGAUGCGAGAGAAUCGAUCGUGGACGUACGAGACCGACUAUUUCGGUCUCGCAGGAAUCGUCUACUGUAUGCUGUUCGGAAAAUACUUCGACAACGGGACUGUCGUACCCGAUUCUGAUGACGACAGUAAAUCGGAAACGAGACGAUACAAACUCGCAACCCAGUUUAAACGAUAUUGGCAAACGGAAAUAUGGACUCGCUUGUUCGAUCUUUUGCUAAACCCGACGCUUGCGAGACCCGAUCGGUCGCUUCCUUUGGUUCCCGAGCUGACUGAGACGAGGGAGGAGAUGGAAACGUGGCUUUCGAGCAACUGUAACAGAAGUUCGAACACCCUGAAAGGACUUCUGAAGAAAGUAGAGCGAUCUGUAUUGUCUUGUUCAAGAUGAUUCCGUUUAUUCCUCUUCUUUCCUUUGUUCACUCCGUAAAUCGUGUUGUAUUGUCCGGGAUUUAGAGAACGUACCACUACAUAAUAUUCAUCGCUCAUUUUUC